UGGUGGAGGGAGAGAGAGAGAGAGAGAGACAGAGAGAGGUACGCUGCACCUCUGUCUGGGAGAACAGGCGGCUUUGUCUGGAAACCCGCCGCCACAGAGUGACGUUCAGGACCGUCUUUCUUUCUGCGUUUCGCUUCAUUUCUCCCGCUUCCCCAGAGCCCGGAGGAUCCUCGCGCGGCUUUAAAGACGGAGAAAAAGAAAAAGAAAAAAAAAAUAGCCGAUGUUUGUGAAAACUGUCGAAAAGGUGCGCAGAAGUUUCUUGAGAAUGUAGCCUCUUCUCACGCGCGAGUUUUUGUAGCCCCCCUCCCUCCCACUGCACGCGGCCGGUUACAUGGAGGUGUUACAGGAAGCUGUUUUUAAUCGGAUUCAGGAGGAAAACUCUGACGAAAAACUUUGUUCCAGACAAGCGGCGACUUGUUGAAAAGCAGUUGUUUGUUUUGUUUUUUUCCCCCCUCUCUCUCCCUCCUGCGUUUACUGGUUUGUAAACGCAAAAAUGCGCCCGGGGAGACCUCACAAGUCCGGUAUGACGCGCCUGCUGCUGCUGCUCCUCACUCUCGCCUCGUCCUGCCGCUGCUGUCCGGACAAAUGCCUGUGCUCCUCAGACACCGUGAAAUGCCAAAACCAGGACUUGGUCGAGAUUCCGGCUUCCUUACCGGCCAAUACCAAAUUCCUGUUCGUCACGGGAAACACAAUCGCUCAAAUAAGCGAUUCCUCUUUCCCAACCCGUCUGGAAAACCUGACAGAAAUGUAUCUGAGUGGCAAUAAGAUGGAGGAGGUGCAUGCAGGCGCGUUCAAAAACUUGCCAAGCCUGGUACGGCUGGACUUGAGCAGCAACGCAAUCCAGAAUUUCAGUGAGAGGGCUUUCCCUGAUGGUGGUAAACUGCAGGUCCUCAACCUCAGCAGAUCUCUUAACAAUUACACCACCCUUGAUUUCUUUCCCCAUGCAAACCUUCCCAACCUCACCUCCCUGGACCUGUCCAACAAUGACCUGCUCUUUCUGCCGGACGGCAUGUUCCAGGGCCUCCCUGGCCUGGCCACCCUGAACCUCCGCAACAGCUCCCUCAUUAUGUUCCAGAGCGUGGAGAACGGGGCUCUGCCGGCGCUGCGUGACCUCGACCUGAGGGACAACGAGCUGAAGGAUCUGUCCGCUGCCACAACGGCGGACUUCGGCCUCCGCCUCGACCUUCGCGUCCAGCUUGCAGGGAACCCGUGGCGCUGCAAGUGCUUCAUCAGCGACCUGCUGGCGUGGCUGAAGAAAAACUCCACCCAGGAGGUGGUGGUGGACGUGCACGAGCUGACCUGCGCCGAUCCCGAGCCCCUGAGGCACCAGCCCCUUCUGCAGGUGGAGCAGUCCCAGCUGAAGUGCUCGAACGACAUGGAGAGGGUCCUGGAGACGUCGUACGUCUUCCUGGGCUUGGUGCUGGCCCUCAUCGGGGUCAUAUUCCUGCUAGUGCUCUACUUGAACAGAAAGGGCAUCAAGCGAUGGAUGUACAACAUCCGGGACGCCUGCAGGGACCACAUGGAGGGUUACCACUACCGGUACGAGAUCAACUCUGACCCGCGCUUGGCCAACCUGAGCAUCAACUCGGACGUGUGAGGGUGGGCAAAACGGUGGGAGGGGAUGGGGGAGCAUUGUCAUGGACUCUGCAAUUAAAUGACUCAAUGCUGUUCAACUUUUGCAUGAAAGUCUUCCUUCUCUUGCCACCCGCCCCCCAAACUCCCAGCAAAACAACACAAUGACGCCAUCCAGAUGCUGCAUCCGUCAACGCUUUCGAUCAACCUCUGCCGCAUGUUUGUCGGCCGUCAUGCCAACGGCGUUUCUUUUUUUUUUUUUUUUUUUUCCUGUGUUGCGUUGCAUGGACGAUGAAUCAAGGCAAUUUUUUUUUUGAGGAAACCUCCUGCAAAUUGUCUUUUCACUGACCUAUGAGGACAACUGAAUGGAGUGCUGCAACUUUUAAGUGAAACACCACCUGUCAAUUAUGUCCCAAUUGCGGGAGAAAGAUGUUAUACUGCUUGAGUUUGUCCUUUUAUCUGGGAUGUAAAGAUGUCAUAUGCAGUGCAGACUAUGCCUUUUUCUGGACUGAUUAUAGUAUACAUAGCAUACAUAGUUUAUGGAUUUUGUAGAUUUAAGUGAUUGCUCUGUUUAUCUUUAUUUUUUUUUUCUGUAAGGAUAUUUAGCUAAAUAAAUAAUUAAAAAA